UCUACAAGUGGUGUCCCUGUGUGCGUUAUUAUGACAGUUGAGUGACUUCUUUAGAGAUAAAGACUCGGGGGUUAAAAGGAAGACUCAUCGUUUAUUGGCAUGGCCAGGUCUUUGCAGGUCCUCUCCUUCUUCUCCAGGCUUGGUGCUCCAUCCGUGAUUUCUUCAGUGAAUGCUCGAUUUGCAAGCAGAGGUGCCAACAAGGCAUGGAUGGGACAGAGCCAUGUGCAGGCAGACAGAGGCUCAAACAGAACAGGACACAGCGGUGAGACAUCUAAUGAAGAGCUUGAGCUGGAGGACGUAGAGGACAAACUGCAAGCCUUGAUUCAUGAAGGGAGAAAAAGACAGAGGACUGUGAAGUAUCACAUACUGAGGAGGCAAAUGACUCCCUCAGGAGCUCCAGAGAGGAAGUUGACCUGGGGUGCUAUUGAGCAGAUCAGAUAUCUGAAGCAAAAUCAACCAGAGGAGUGGACAGUAGAGCGACUGGCUGAAGGCUUCUCUGUCAGCCCUGAUGUCAUUCUGAGAGUCCUACGAAGCAAGUUUGUCCCCUCUCCUGAAAGAAAAGCCAAGCAGAAUGCUAAAGUCAUGGCUAGACUGAGUCAACAGGUGCUGCCCUCGGGCACUGGGACACAGCAGGACAGGCUGAAACUGCCUGAGAGGUGCACACCAGCCAUACUCCCAUCUGGAAGCACAGAAGGUGCUUUGAUCCCUGUGGCUAAUCAGACUCGGGUGAUUCAAGAUCAUGGCUUACAUUCCCUAGCUAAGAGUCCUGCCCCUGUUACUGUUCACCCCACACACUUUACAGCUGGUAUUAGUGAAGAUGCCACAGUGAGAGGAAUAACAGAAGACAGCACUACUGAUGCUGAUCUUACAGGGGAGGAUGAAGAGAGCUGGGAUGGACAGGUGUUGACAGAGGAAGAACUUGAAGAGUUUAUGGAAAUGGAAAAGCCCUCUCCUGCAGCCCAAGUUGGGAAUGAUUUCUUUGAUGCAGAGGGAAACUUUUUAUAUAGAAUCUGAGGACAUCUUGUGUUGAACCUUUGGCUGAGCAUGUACAAUAUUAGGGUUGGCUUUAUUACAGCCCAGUUUUCACUGUGUCAGCUUUAAAUGGGCAAAUUACCAAGUAAAGGUUAUUUUGUGUCCUUGUGCAAUAGAUAUUUACUUAUGUUUUCUUUUUCAUCCAAAUAUUUCAUGUCCAAAUGUUCAUGUCUCCCAUAUAUUGACAUCCCUAUUCAUCCCUAUUUCCAUUUUUAUAAAAGUCAGGAUUAUGGACAUACACACUCAGUGGUCACUUUAUUAGGUACACCUUGCUACUACUGGGUUGGACCCCCUUUCCCUUCAGAGUUGCCUGAAUUCUUAAUGGCAUGGAUUCAACAAGGUGCUGGAAACAUUCCUCAGAGAUUUUGUUACAUACUGACAUGACAGCGUCACACAGCUGUUGCAGAUUUGUCAGCUCCACAUACAUGAUGCAAAUGUUCUGUUACACCACAUCUCAAAGUUGCUCUGUUGGAUUAAGAUCUGGUGACUGUGAAGGCCAUUCGAGCCUCGUCAUAAAGGGAUGAACAUGGUCAGGAUGGUGAGUGUGAAUGCAAACUAAUUACUGUAGUUAUACAACCAUAAUUUUUACAUUAUCCUUUUACCACCCCAAUUCCCAAAAAGCUGAUACACCAUGUAAAAUGUAAGAACUAUGCAAUAAUUCACAGAUCUCAUGGAACUGUUUUAUUCACAGACAGAAAACAUUUCACAUAAUCAGUGUACCAUUUUAAGAAAAGUAUUGGCUCAUUUUGAAUUUGAUGGCAGAACAUAGAAAACAAACUUGUAUAAAGUUGAUUCAGGGCCAUGUUUACCACAGUGUAGCAGUCCCUCUAUGAGAUUAUGAGGUUUAUGAGAUUUGCAAAUCAUAGCAAAUCCCAACUUUUUUUGGAAUUGGGUUCGUAUAAACCACGUGAGGGUUCAUACUUGUCUCAUAUUACAACAGUGCUGUUUGUGAGAAAUAACCAUGCAACAAAAAUAGAGGAACA